AUGGGCGUCGACGCUCGAGACAGCGACGGUUUGCGAUCCAAGCAGCUUGCCUUGCAGGAGAUCGUGCUUGUUUGUACUGCAGCGACGGGACCAAAUGUCUUGCUCGAGGAAAUCGACUACCUUGUGCUGUCUCUGUCUCCAGUCAUCGUAGGUGCAAAGAAGGGACUCACUCACUUGCUAGCUACAUGUUACGACAUUUGCGUGAUGUGCUGGAAAGGCACUUGA